CUUGCCAACAAGUUCAAUUGGCCUGACGGCUCUGAUAUAGCUUAAGCAAGGCCUGGACCUUCACAUCCACAAAUUCACAAUCGAUGCUUGCAAUGAACGAAUCUCCAACUUUCAUCGGCCUCAAAGGUCAGAGCCUUCUUUAUGCCGUCACUUUCUGUUGCUCCAUGGGCUUCCUCCUCUUUGGCUACGACAUUGGUUACAUGGGCGGCCUUACAACAUCCACCGUCUUCCUUGAAGUCUUCGAUAAUCCAAAUGCCUCCCUUCUCGCUUUCCUAGUAUCUGCCUAUGAUUUAGGUGCAUUAUUUGGUGCUUUAUUUACAUUCGUCGUCGGUGACAAGAGCGGACGCAAGGCGAAUAAUAUCGCUGGCGCCAUAAUCGUGUCAGUAGGUGCAAUCCUGCAAACCACAACGUUUGGACUAGCCCAGUUUCUUGUGGGCCGAAUCCUUGCUGGCUUUGGGCUCGGAAUUAUGACCACUGUGAUUCCUAUCUGGCUCACAGAGUGCGCCAUGCCCAAGUCCCGAGGCCGCAUGAUGGCUAUGCAGCUCUCAAACCUUAUCGUCGGCCUCAUCAUCUCAAAUUGGCUCGACUAUGCUAUGGUCUCCUACGCUGGCUCAAUUCAAUGGCGUCUGCCAUGCGCAUUUCAGAUUGUGUUUUGUAUCAUCAUCGUCAUUCUCACGCCUUUCCUCCCUGAAUCCCCACGCUACCUCUGCGCGACUGACCAGGUUGACCGCGCCACGGUGGCCCUAGCAGCUUUGCGGGGAGGACACAUUGAUACACCCGAAGUAGUGGAGGAAAUGAAUGAGAUUCGGUAUGCAAUUGCAACUGAGGCCCAGGAAACCGGAUCUUGGAGCGAUGUGUUCAAAGAUAACGGCAUCAGUGGCUGGACUCGUGUUUUGAUCGCCUUUGCGGCAAACUUUUUCCAGCAACUAUCUGGGGUAAAUGUCAUGUCUUCACUCGGCCCGUACAUCUUCCAGAAUUCUGUCGGUUUGUCGAGACAUGUCUCCCUCCUUGUGUCCGGCGGCUUACAGGCCUUCUACUUUCUCAGCAGCUUGAUUCCAUGGUUGGUGGUCGACCGCAUCGGGCGUCGACGACUCUUUAUGCUUGGCUCGACCGGCAUGUGUCUCUGCAUGGCCCUGUCAGCCAUUUUGGUUGGUGUGGGUGGAAAGGGGCCAGGCUACGGUGCCGUGGUUGUUCUCUACCUCUUCCAAACUUUCUUUACAGUAGGAUGGCAGUCGAACAUGUGGGUGUACCCGAGCGAGCUCCUCCCACUAAAGCUCAGACUUCGUGGCGGCGCACUCGCUGUCGUGUCCCAGUGGCUCUUUACAUUUGUCGUGGUCGAAAUGACUCCGCCAAUGAUCACAAACAUUGGGUAUAAAACCUACGUUGUUUUUGCAGUCAUCAACUUUGUUACCGUUCCGAUCGUCUAUCUCUUUUUCCCAGAGACUUCUCAGCGGCCCCUCGAAGCGGUGGACUUGCUAUUUGCUGACCAGGACGGGAAGCGACCGUCUAUUUUCAAAGUGGUCAGGAAUUCUGUCGACAAGGACUUUGUUGCCAAGAUAGAUAUCCAGCUACAGAGUCAGGCAAAGCUAAGGAACAAGAGCGAGGGACUUGUCGACAGCGCGAAGGAAUCAACAGUGCAUAUAGAGUUGGCGCAUGAUAUGUAACGCAAAGCUGCCAUAACAAGAGCGGGUAUUACGUGUAGUUAAUCAUACUAUCCAUCACUGGGUAACAUAAUAGCGAACGGAUCAGGAAACGUCGGGAACUCGCUCCAAGUAUCAUCAAACUCGAAUCCAUACGUACCCAAAGUAUCGAAUAUAGAGACCUGUGUCGGCCCGCCC